AUGACUUCUAUACUUCAAAAACUUUUUCCUCGACAUACGUUGUCAACAACAAUAACAUGGUUUCGCUCACUUUCACUCACACCAGUAUAUCAUGGUAAACCACCACCUGAAGUUUUUCGUGGUAGUAAUUGGCAACCAGCUGAUACCAUUCGAACUGAUGAUCAUUCUAGUCCAUUUGGUAUACCUGAUGAUUGGGAUAAAUACAAUCGUGUUGUUUAUCCACCGACAGCACCUGGAGAAGACCCACGAAAAGGAUAUGUUCAUCAUUGUCGAACAUACAUUCGAGGAAAUAUCAAGAAAUAUUGGUUUCUAGCACAAAUGGUACGUGGUAUGAGUAUUGAUGAAGCUAUUAAACAAUUAUCUUUUCAUAAAUUACCGACAGCAAUUCAAAUGCGUGAUACACUUAUCGAAGCACAACAAAUGGCUGUUAAAGAACAUAAUAUUGAAUAUAAAUCUAAUUUAUGGGUGUCUCAAUCAUAUACAAAACGAGCUCUAAUCGUUAAAGGAUUACGUCGACGACCAAAAUAUAGUUUCACUGCCAUACAUUAUCGUUAUUUUCAUUAUAUGGUUCGGCUUGAAGAAGGUCCUGCACCUGGCAAAGAAGGUCUCUAUGGACCUAAAUGGCCUGAAUUAAAUGAUCGUCUUAAUAAGCGAUUAGACCGUUUGAACAAUCGUAGAUUAUUAGGCACUAUAGCAUAA